UCUAUAACAGAAUAGUUUCUUAGCCAGGGAGAUACCAGUGAACCUCAUAUUCAGUAGCCCUUUAAUUGUGCAGAAUUUGGACUGUAAAAGAGUGAGAGGUGGAAAGUGGUAAGGAGUGAGCAUCCUGUGGGGUGAUGGGAGCGCGUGAUCCCAGCUCAGCCUUGGCUCACGUGGGAGUCAGUGGGAGGAUCUCAGUGGAAGGUGCACUUCUGAAGCACAUAACUGUGUAAACACACUGACUUGUGCCAAAGCUCCUCGGAGGGUGUGGGCAGAGCACUCAGUAAACAUUGCAAGGGUAAGUGAGGCCGGUGUUAACAUGGAAGUGUAAUGCCCUGCCCGGCACUAGGCCUCCCCAUCUGAGGUGGGCAGCAGAGUGGCUCCUGCUCCGUUGGGCACCCAGACCCUGCGUUGGAGAUCAGCUCAGUGGCACGUCAUGUCUGUUCCUCCAGAUCUUCAUCAGCAGUAUUUGCAGACUUGCCAAAACCUGAGCCAACCUGAAAAUCACUUUGUUGCUCGUGUGCUUCAAGAAGCUGAUAAAGGCGAUAGCAGCAGACAGACAAAAGGGAUCACGUUAAAAAUAGCUGGAAAUAAUCGCUUAGUGCCCGUGCAGAGAGUUACAGAUGAAGAUGUUCAAGUUCUUGCCUCUGUCUUAUGCAGUGCUGUAUUUGUCACUGGAUUGGAUCUGAGAUAUAACAAUCUGACUGAUGUUGGAGUAAGGCACAUGGCAACGUUCCUCCAGGAAAACUCAACUCUGCGAUACCUUAACCUGAUGUUUAAUGAUAUUGGCACGAGUGGAGCUGAGCUGAUAGCAAAUGCUCUCCAUAGCAAUGAAACUCUUCUGCAUUUGAGAAUGACUGGAAACAAGAUAGGCAAUAAGGGUGGAAUGUACUUUGCUUCAAUGUUACAAGUUAACUGCAGCUUAGAGAAGUUAGAUCUUGGAGACUGUGAUGUGGGUACACAGUGUCUAAUAGCAAUAGCAUCAAUCCUGACUCAGAACAAAGCAGUCAAAGCAAUAAACCUAAAUCGUCCACUGCUGUACAGCCAAGAGGAAGAGACGACAGUCCGCAUAGCUUUGAUGCUGAAAAGUAAUUCUUCUCUUGUGGAACUACAUUUGUGCAAGCACGAAAUUAAAAGCCUUGGUGUAGAGCGACUGUGUGAGGCAUUGUAUGAAAACUGCAGCCUGAGAUACCUUGAUCUGAGCUGUAAUAAAAUAACUCGUGACGAUGUGAAAUUUUUGGGAGAACUACUGAAACAGAACCAAACUCUGGAGAUCCUCGAUCUUAAUUCAAACCGAAUAGAAGAUGAUGGAGCUAUCUACUUGAGUGAAGCUUUGGCUUUGUACAACAGGACUCUUAAGGCGUUAGUAUUUCAGUAACUUCCUCAGGGAUUGCAGGCAUAACCACUCCCAGUAUAAGAAACACAGACUCUGCGGUGGCUGAACUGAUGUGAAAAUUGUGCAUUGAUGUUACCAGUCAAAACAGAAAACUCACAAAGUUCCAAACUUCUUGGUUCAGCUGAGGAAAGAAAAACUGAGUGAAAGUAUGGAGUUCAUUUUCCUAGCCAUAGGUGUCUACUUUCUUUUUUUUGGGGGGGAGGGUGAGGAUGAAGUUUAAAUUGCUUCUGCAAUGGUUCCAACCAUCUUACCUGUGACUCAGUCAUUUUUACAUUCAUUUUGAGGAGCAGGAGAGAGGCUGUUAGAUCUUUAUUGUUCUUUUUGCACCUUUAAAGCACAGGUCCCUGUGUUGCACAAGCAUAAACAAACUAGGAUCUGUAGGUCUUCAGAAUUUUAAGCUAAGCAGAUUCCAUAAAAGGCUAAGGCUCUAUAUUUGUUGAUUCUGAAAAUCCUC